AUGAGUGAAAAACGUUUCAGAUUUUUAGUUAGAUAUAUCCGUUUUGAUGACUUAAAUAAUAGAAAUGAAAGAAGAGAAAUCGACAAAUUAGCACCUAUAAGAGAUGUUUUUGAAUGCUUUAUUGCGAAUUUUCAAAAUAAUUUUAUAGCAAGUGAAUAUCUAACGGUGGAUGAACAAUUAUUAGGGUUUCGAGGUCGUUGUUCAUUAAAACAAUACAUUCCUAGCAAACCGGCCAAGUAUGGAUUAAAAAUGUUUGUGUUAGUUGAUGCCAAAACAGCUUAUACAUUUAAUCUUGAAGCUUAUGUAGAUACUCAACCUGAAGGGCCAUAUAAAUGUAAAAAUUCUGGUGAAGACAUUGUUCUUAGACUUGUACAACCAGUAGAAGGAAGUAACAGACUGAUUGACCGCUGACAACUGGUUUACAAGUUUUCCACUAAUAAAAAAUUUAAAACUCAAUAAAAAAUUAACAUAUACAGGCACAAUAAGAAAAAAUAAAAGAGAGCUACCGUCAGAGUUUUUACCAAAUAAAAAUAGAGAAAUGCAUAGCUCGAUUUUUGGAUUUCAAGAAGAUUAUACAUUAGUUUCAUAUUGUCCACGAAAAAAUAAAGCUAUAUUAGUUGUGUCAAGUAUGCACAAUGACGACACAAUUGAAGAAGAAAAUCAUGCAAAAAAACCUGAAAUUAUUACUUUUUAA